AUGGCUAAAUCCGUUUUCAGCAAAGUAGAUGAAUAUGGUUUCGAACGUUCAGAAAACUUCAAUUACGAUGUGUACGAUGAAUUUAUGUCUGAAUACAUUCGAGUAUUAACGAGAAGAGCCCAAAGAUGGAACACCUUAAAGAACGACAUUUUCAACAGACCUGCAGUGUUAAAGAGGUUUAUAAGAAAAGGAAUUCCGAGCGAUUUGAGAUCAACUGUAUGGAUGCGGGUAUCCGGAGGAGAGAACCUAAAGAACAAUUCCCCUUAUACAUAUAACAAUUUAAGAGAAAAGAUUAGAGAACAGCACAUUAUUGAUAUGAUCCAAAUUGAUUUACCUAGGACUUUUCCAGAAAACAUAUACUUCAGUAAUAACGAGCACCUUCCUAAAAUGCUAUUCAACGUUCUAGCAACGUUCGCUCAUCAAAACAAAGAAGUGGGCUAUUGCCAAGGCCUGAAUUACAUCGCAGGCCUCCUGCUGUUAGCAACGAAAAACGAAGAAGUUUCCUUUUGGUUGCUCAAGGCUUUGGUCGAAACCAUCCUGCCUCAGUACUACAUUGUCACUAUGAAAGGUCUGUUGGUCGACCUCGAUGUUUUAGAUGAAUUAGUACGUAAGUUAGAACCCGUCGUGCAUAGGCACAUACAUAAUAUAGGUAUGCCUUGGGCGAUGGGCACUACCAAAUGGUUUAUUUGUUUAUAUUCCGAGGUACUACCUGCGGAAACUGUGUUCAGAAUAUGGGACUGCUUAUUUAGCGAAGGAUCAAAGAUUAUUUUUAGGGUAGCAAUUACUCUCAUAAGGCUGCAUAAAGAGAAAAUUUUACAAACCAAAGAAUUGGGAGAAUUAAUAGGCUGUUUUAGAGACAUGAAAAACCACGAAUCUGUUAUAAAUUGUCAUAAGUUCAUGCAAGAAGUGUUCAAAUUAUCCGGGAAUUUGUCCAAUACGACCGUAAGGAGGCUAAGAUAUCAAUAUAAUAUACAAGACAAAGAUAAAUGA